AUGGAGAUUGAGCCAGCAACAUUUAUUAUAGGUCCGCCAGGUCCUCCAGGUCCAGCAGGACCACCAGGCAAACGAGGAAAAAAAGGCAAAAAGGGCGAAGCUGGUGAAUCUGGGACACCGGGUCCUAUUGGAUUGGACGGACCAAAAGGAGAUCCGGGCCCACCAGGAGAUAAGGGUCAAAGAGGGCAACCGGGUAGCGCUGGAAUUGACAUCAUCCAAGCAGUAAAGGGCUUUAAAAGGUCUGUGACGACACUGAGAGGCGGCACGCUGGGAUACGCCGAAAUUGUAGCUGUCAAGGGUGAACCCGGUGAACCAGGCCCACCUGGACCUGCAGGACCAUCUGGACCGGAAGGGUCGUCAGGACACGAUGGUAGACAAGGUAUGCCCGGUGAACCUGGGCCUGCAGGAGAACGAGGCGAACCGGGUCCUAUAGGACCACCUGGACCUCCAGGAAUGGAUGGACUUACUGGACCUAAGGGUCAAGAUGGAAAAACAUUGUCAAAAGGUCCGCCGGGAGAUAAAGGGGAAGCAGGUGCUCCUGGUCCGAAAGGAAUUAGGGGCGAGUGGGGUUUAACUGGUAUGCCAGGACCAAAAGGUGAUAAUGGACUUUUAGGACCGGCAGGAGUUGCUGGAGCUAAUGGAGAACCUGGUCCGCAAGGACCACCUGGAUUACCUGGACAAAUAGGGCCUAAAGGUGAAAAAGGUGAAUACGGUGAUAUAGGACCACCAGGUCUGAUGGGUCCACCUGGCUUGCCAGGACCACCAGGGUAUCCCGGAAUGAAGGGUGAUAAGGGCGAAAAGGGCGAAUCUAUUGUUGGUCCACCGGGGCCACCAGGAAAUCCUGGAACACCUGGAUUACAAGGACCACCUGGAAUUAAGGGCGACAGAGGCAUGGACGGAAUCAAAGGAGAACCUGGCGAAAAAGGAGUGAAAGGUGAUGCUGGACCAAUGGGCCUACCCGGUCCAAUGGGUUUAAGAGGAGAAAGCGGCCGAACAGGCGACUACGGAAAGCCGGGCCCAAUGGGCCCUAAAGGAGAUAAAGGAUAUAAAGGAGAUGCAGGUCCUAUUGGAAAACGUGGUAGAAAGGGUGACAGAGGCGACAAAGGGGACCAAGGUGUACCCGGACUUGAUGCACCUUGCCCAUUAGGUCCAGAUGGACUACCCUUGCCAGGUUGCGGAUGGCGACCACCAAAGGACUUAAGUAGGCCCUCACCAUCAGCUCCGCCGUCCAUGAGUACUGACAUAGACACAGAAGAUCCGAUAGAUGAAGGAAAUGCUGAAGAGUACGAUGACCAAGAAGGCGAGGAUGACUAUGAAGAAUAUCCAGAGCAAAAUAUGGCAUUGCCUGUCUCAGCAUCAGCUAUUUAA